UCUCUUUAAACCAAACAUCUUCCACGCAACUAUAAAUGAUUUAGAGAAAAAGAGCUUAGCUUUUGAAGGUCAGACUUGCAACUGUGAAAAAAGCCGAGAUUUUCUUUGGAUAGUCUACGCGAUUAUUUUUUUUUUGCUUUUUUUCUUUAUUUUACUUCCUUUUCGCUUUUUUGUACUAGAAUGAACGAUCAAGAAACACCGCCAGUCGUAUACUCUCAACUCUCAACAGAAAACUUUGAGCUUCUCACCAACGACAACUCAGAUGAGGAAGAACUCAACGAAGUGGCUAUUGCACCUACUAACCUUGAUACAAGCUCACAAACAGUCCGUAUCACAAGACCUGUUCAACCAACUGACUUCAUUCUACAAAGAACGUUGACCUGCGAAAAAGAGCUUUUGGAACUUGCAUUUAGACCUGCUGCAUUAAAUACCCGUGUUACAUGUCGUAUUCAUCGUUGUAGAGACGGAUUGGAUAAACUUUAUCCUCAGUAUCAUUUAUUUAUCGAACAUUUAGCAACGGGAGAUAUUCACCAUGUCUUGACUGCACGCAAAAAAAGAAAGAGCAACACAAGUUAUUAUACAAUUACCGGUAUUUAUCGAGAGAGCAUGAAUGUGCCUGAAGGAUAUGUUGAGCUGGGCAAAGUCAGAUCCAACUUUCUAGGUACAACAUUUAUCACUUACUCACAUGGAAGAAACCCCCUUAAGCGUGAAAUAAGCACAAAGAAAAAAGAUUUGCUGAUUAGAGAGGAGAUGUGUGCUGUUUUAUAUGAUCCAAACAUACUUGGCUUUAAAGGACCGCGAAAAAUGACCAUUUUGAUGCACACGUUAACCAGAGAUGGAAAACGGCCCGAAUAUAGACCUGUCAAGGAAUCGGAAAUGCUGUUAAAUAAGUACAAAGAAGGUGGGGCCCGUGAUUUACUAGUACUUCAUAAUAAGAGUCCACAGUGGAACGAAGAAACACAAUCGUUCGUGCUUAACUUUAAUGGUAGAGUAACACAAGCUUCUGUCAAAAACUUUCAAAUUGUACAUGACAAUGAUUUGGAUUACAUUGUUAUGCAAUUUGGACGUGUUGAAAGGGACUCUUUCACAAUGGAUUACAAAUACCCAAUGUGCUUACUACAGGCUUUCUCAAUUGCUUUAACUUCAUUUGACGCUAAACUUGCUUGUGAAUAAAAAUGCUCUUCUUUUUUUCGCGGAGACAAUUCUCGGACUUUUUUUAAGGGGUAAGAUCAUCGCGUUAUUUUUAUGCUGGAAACUAUUUGCU